AGGCGGCCGUUUCGGGCCUCCUUUUCUCUUCAGUCACGCAGCGCGGCGGCGGCGGCGGCGGCGGCUCCAGCUCCCCCCCGCGCUUCCCUCCCCAUCUGCUUCAGGUGCCCGCGUCGCCCCGCCGUGCCUGCGUCGCCCGCUUUCCUCAGGAAGUGUGGCACCAGGGCGGAAGGAAGCGGGGCUGUUGGUCGCGCCCGGGCGUGCGUGUGCGUGUAGUGAGGGCCGGAGCGGACGGCGGGGAAGAUGAACACCGUUCUGACCCGCGCCAACUCGCUCUUCGCCUUCUCGCUGAGCGUGAUGGCGGCGCUGACCUUCGGCUGCUUCAUCACCACCGCUUUCAAAGAGCGCACGGUGCCCGUCAGCAUCGCCGUCUCCCGUGUCAUGCUAAAAAAUGUAGAAGAUUUCACUGGACCAGGAGAAAGAAGCGACCUCGGAAUAAUUACUUUUGACAUUACUGCAGAUUUGAAUAGUAUAUUUGACUGGAAUGUGAAACAGUUAUUUCUGUAUUUAUCAGCAGAAUAUUCAACAAAGAACAAUGCUUUAAACCAGGUUGUCCUUUGGGACAAAAUCAUUUUGAGAGGAGAUAACCCAAAGCUGCUGUUGAAAGAUAUGAAAUCAAAAUACUUCUUUUUUGAUGAUGGAAAUGGUCUCAAGGGCAACAGAAAUGUCACUUUGACUCUUUCGUGGAAUGUCGUACCAAAUGCAGGCAUCCUACCUCUUGUGACAGGAGCAGGACAUGUAUCUGUUCCAUUUCCAGAUACUUACAAAACGGCAAAAAGCUAUUAAAUUAUUAUGCUGAACCUUGAGUAACAUAUUUUUAUACUUGUACAUUAUAAAUUUUAUCACUUUUUCGUCUCCCGCCCACUGCAAUUGAAAGGUACUGUACUUAAUUUCUUUAGGUUUAGCUGAGAGGGAGGGAAAAGAAUUCGUCGGGUUUGUUUUUAAUUUUAAAGAAACAAAAUUGAAAUCUCAAGGAAAGGUGAUUGUUUAAAUUUUGGGCAAAAUGUUUUUGUGUUGACUAUUGGGACAGGAAAUACCUUUCUUAUAAAUAAAUUUUUUGAAACCAGAAAAAAA